GACCUGCAAAGUGAACACGACUGACAAAAUGUGAUCUGCACUGUACACGUUUUUAUCAAAACAACCUUCUUCUUCCAAAAUCUUUUUUUUUCAAAUUACAUACAUACCCAUUAUUUCGCAGCCUUUUCAUUAAAUUUCAGUUUAAAAAAGAAUAAUAUAAAAACCAAAUAACUUGAUAAAUAAAACUUAAAAAAAACUUUAAGAUAUUGAAGUUAAGAUAUUAAAAACUUUAAGUUCUCGUUAUACAUAGUUCCGUCUUAUUGUUAUAUUUACGUAAAUUGCGAGUGCAAACAUUUAAAAACUACACAAAAUAAGCAAUUAUUUAUGAACACAACAUCAUUUACAUACAUACCCACAGUUUGUGAAAGCACGACAAAUUUAAAAUUGUAAAGUGGACAUUGUUUCAUUUUUUUUGUGUCGCAUCAGUUCUUCAUUUUCAUCAAAAUAAAUGAGCAACGCGUUCUUUUGAUGGAUAGCAAAUAAUUUUACUAUUUUUAAAGUGAGAAGAAGAAGACAAUACAAAAAAAUAACUGUGUGUGCUUUGAAAAAUAAAGUCUGCAAAUUAAUAAGAUUCCGUCCGUUGAGCAAUUCAGCUCAGCAAACAAAAUAGAGGAAACUGUGCAAUAAAUUAACACGUCAACUUCUGGUGGGUGAGUCUGUGUUCCGUUUAAAUUACAAGCAUGUCAACUGAAUAAUUCAGCCAGCCAACGCAUGUAAAAUUUAUCAUCGGUAAAUUGUCGUCUACAUUUCCUCCAUUUCCUUCUGUCAAGAUAUUUGUAUUAUUUUGUGUUCGAAACGUGUCACACGCUGUUCGAUGAAACAAUACUCGCUUCGAAACCAUUAACCAAUUUCCUUUAUGAGACGAAGAUGACAUGCUGAACGAGUGAAAAAAGAACUUUUGAUUUUUUCUUUAAGGAUCGUCGUUCGUCACACGUCGAGUUUGGCUCGACACGACAACCUUAUUAUUAUUAUUUCCUAUUGAGUGAGUGUGGUGGUUGACACUUUUUUUGUCUUUGACAACAAUUCAGUCGUGUGUGACAAUAGAUUCAGAGGAGGAGAGAAGAGUGAGUAGGUUAAAGGUCUUACGCAAUCUUUGUGUGCUAAUUACGGUUUUAAAAUAAAAUUUAUGUCAUGUAAAAUCAGUCGGUAAAUAGGCUUCGGACAGUAAAUAGGUAGGUAACAAAAAUUGUUAUUAAUCACUGCGAAACGAGUCUUCGUGUCCAUCUCGAUUUCUUAAAAAUAUUUUAAAUUAAAAAAUAUCACAGAUUUUUAAAAAAUUGUAAAAUUUCCUGUACACUUUUGUUAAUAUUUUAGAUUCAAAACUUUAAAAAUUAGGCACAUUUCCUGUAAAAUAUUACUAAUAUAAGAAAAAAGACUAGAAUCCUCAUAGACGCACAUCUAUAAAAUUCCAUAUUGGAUACAUCGACAUAUAAAAUCUCAUCGUCUCAUCACGUCUCGAUUGUGCAGGUAGUUAAUAAAAGUGUCAAAGUGUCCAUAAAACUGAGAAAGUGUCAUAAAUAUCACGUAACGAAGGAGAGAGAACCCAGUUUGCAAUCAGAUCAUGUAAAGCCAAAUACAUAUCGUCUUCUGCCAUUGUUGUUAUGACCUGAAAUCUCAACCCCAUCAUUUUUUGGCAGUCUUCUUCUUCUUCUCAUCAUAAUCAUCAUCAUCGCCACAACGGCUUCUGAUGACCAUACAUAAACUCUAAUUAAUUAAUAAACACACAUAAUUUAUUAACAGUCUGACAUAAAUUUACUUAUCCCAGAAUGAACGUACUUGUUACAACGAGACGCAUUAGUUAGUCCCAAAACAAACUGGUGAAGAUGAUGCCUUCAAAUUCUGAUAGUAAUAAUAAUAACAAUAAGAAAGGAUUGGCACCUCUGCAAGAAAACCAAGAUGAAGAUUCAACACCAAAUUUAUGUUCCACAACGACGACGGACACUCAAUGUCAAAACCUGACCAGCAACUACGUUUUCCAGUGACGUGUCAUCAUCCAGUCCAGGUUUCGAUGAGCCGCCUGCCAAGAAAAGCUACAAAGUUUCGUCAUCAUUUACGAGAGGAGGAGGAAGAUCGCCGUCAGAAAGAAGUGCGACGAUGAUGAUGACGACGACGACCAUUUCGCCAAAACAGAAGCGCGUCGGUGUUGGCGUGAAUAGUGGUAAAAGCGUCGUCUGGGCAGUGACGUUUCUUGCGGUCAUCCUCCUCUCAGCAGAUGCACUUUCGCCCAGGCUGGAAAAUGGGGGAAGGCGACGAGUUCGUGGGGCAAUUCGUGGGGGGCAUCAGCUCGGUAGGAUUAGUUCUAGCCCGAGCACCCCCACGACAGUAUUCGACCUCGAAGAGAGUAAAAGACUGCUCAGGUUGGAGUCUGCCAGCCCAAUUUCGUAUUUGUACAGAUAUCGCGCCCCCAGAACAAUCGCACCCCCGUCCUCAAAUCCCCCCACGCAACCCACCCCUUUUGAGGAGGAUCCCUCCUCGUCUUCUCCCAUUUUUACCUCGGUCCGCUCCCAACCUCGCGUCUUUCUCCGGUCGAACGGUCAAUCUGGCGUGAUUCAGAGACGAAUCUCCUCCCCCGCAGCGACCACAACCACACCCACCACCACCACCACCUCCUCUUCUACUACCACUACUACCCAUGAUUUCCCCUCUUCUGAAGAGGAGAGAGAAAUCAGCAAUGAAAAGUCUGACAAAGUAUUUGAACCUGAACUGCAGAAUGUCGUGGAGGAUGACCACGACCACGACUACUAUCCGUACCACUACUACUUGGACUUUGAUAAGUCCAAGCAGCCCCAAAAAUCGGAAUAUUUGCACCCCCAACCUUCCGAGCAUUUGAAACCGUACGCCCUCCCAGACACGCAGAGUUCCUUGUGGAACGAAUUUCUCCAACAUCACACGCAAACCAAUAGCGACGAUUCGGUCCAAGCCCCAACCUACAUCCCGCCCCCACCUACCCCACCGCCCGUCUAUUUGAACGAAAUCAACGACAACUACACCAUCCCAGCCCUGCGGGAUUAUCGCUUCCCCGAUUUCAAGUCCAUCACCACAACCACGAUCAAACCUCCGAAGCACAACUUCCUCAAUCCGUACGAAUUCUUUUCGGAGGAAGACCUCGAAAACGUGGCAGAUCUCGAUUUCGAUUCUGACCAUAGCAAAUAUUUUGUAAAAACGAAACCCCGCGAUGUCUCCGCCUCCGUGGCGAAUUUGUACAACAGCUUUUACUACGAGCCGCCGAGUUACUCGACAAAGUCGCAACCACUUCCGGUCAAAGCUACCUUUCCGCAACCGCCCCUCGAGGAAAAGGCGAAGCAAUGGACCCGCGUCGAGAAUAAUAAUGACCUCGAUAACUUUAACUACUUUGAUGGCUCGUCGUUAGUGACGUUUCCGAUGAGUACGGCAACCACCACGAGUACGACGACCCCUACCGCCACGGCAAACUUUUUGAAUUUUCCUACCACCACGAUGUCCUCCAGGAACCAGUCGGAAUACUACUUUAGUCCCCAAGUAAAAUCUGACGAAAAAUCACAGAGUGACGUCGCCACGGCAGAAUCGAUCGCGAUACUGGCAGCGUCCAAAUCGUCAAAUAUUAACCUGAUUCCUGACGAUGACACCUUUGUUCACAAGGAUGGCAAAAUUCUUGCAGAUGUCACAAUGGCGACAACAACCACGCCGAAAAUGGACCUAUACAUGCCCACUACAACCCCUUCGAGUGGUUCCGACAAGGACACAACCAACAUUCCCGGCAUGCCUGGAGUUGACUAUCCAAUCUUUGAUGAAAUCCCCGUCACAGGGUUUGACUGUGCUAAACAACGUUAUAAAGGGUUCUUUGCAGAUAUUGAGAGCAAGUGUCAGGUGUGGCACUACUGCGACUUUGCUGACGGUCAUUCUUCCUUCCUUUGUCCGAAUGGGACGCUCUUCUCACAAGUUUUACUCACGUGUGAUUGGUGGUUUAAUGUGGAUUGCAUCCAAGCCCAACAAUUGUACGUGUUAAAUGAACGCCUCUACCGUUACAUAAAGCCCCCCAAACCUUCAUUUCCUGAGGACUAUCACGGUCCGGGGGUGGAUCUCUGGUUGAAAAAACAAUUGGAACUCGGCCUUCUCCCAAAGAUAAAGAAAGGAAGAAAACAGUUGGAGAAACCGGUUCCAACGACGUUGAAGGAAAAAGUGGAGGACACGUCGCCACCGUCUACCACGACCACAGCGACGACGACAACGACCACGACACCGGAACCUUCUUCCAGUUUGGAGGAUGAGAAAAAUGAGUAAAUUUUUAUAAAAAAGAAACGAGUCAUUUUUUGAAAGCUAGAUAAAUUAAGCAUUGUACUCUACUUUGUAUGUAUGUAUUUUAAGGUAUAAAAAAUAGGUCAGUUAUGUGGAUAAAUGUUACCCAAACUUUUACUUUGAUGAUUAUAAUUAUGAUUAUCAUGUAAUAAAAAUGUGAGAGAAAGUUUUGAUAUAUAA